AAAUCUGAGAAAUCAAACAUCGUCCAAACUGAGUUUUGUUUAUAUUUAUGCAGGAGUUUCAAUUUCAACAAUAAAUUCGGUUAUCAUAAUGAUCAUACGCGCUACCAUUGCGCCACGGAUCCAGCUUUUAGCAAAGCCAAAAAACUUAAUACAAAACAAAUGGGUUCUACCAUAAUUAAUAUGAUUCACAAAUUUCAACUCCAGCGCAACAUAGUUACGCCGGUGAACGGUGAACCUAUGGCCUUCUCCGCCUUACCCCCUCUCGUCCCCUUCCUCCCCGACGAAAUCUCCAUCCAAAUCCUCGCACGCCUCUCUCGAUCCUCCCACACGACCCUAUCCCUCGUCUCCCGAUCAUGGUGCUCCAUCCUUCGCUCCCAGCUCCUCGUCGCCCUCCGAUCCUCUCUCCAUCUCUCCUCUCCUCUUCUCCUUCUCAAUGUCCGCACCCCCUCCGGUUCCUCCCUCUGGUUCCCCGUUGAUCCCCUUCCCAACCCCAACCCUAAUCUCAACCCCUCCCUCCCCUCCCUUCCUGUCUCCGGUGCCGCCACCGCGACCCUUGGCCAUGAACUCUACCUCCUCGGUGGUUCCCUCAAUGGUAUCCCCUCCGCCGUUGUCCAGAUCUUCGAUGCUGCUUCCCGUAGAUGGUCCCUCGGGCCCCGGAUGUCCACUGGCCGGGAGUUUUCCGCCGCCGCAGCGCUCAAUGGCCGGAUCUAUGCCGCGGGUGGCUGCACCCCAUCAGCUAGCACCUGGGCUGAGGUGUUGCAUCCCGGCGGUGGUGGGUGGGAUAUGGUGCCCAGCCCGUCGGAAGUGCGAGAAAGGUGGAUGCACGGGUGCGCCGUCAUCGGUGGGAGGAUCCUCGUGGUGGUGGAUCGUGGAGGAGUAGUGUUCGACGCGGAAGCGGGCAAGUGGGGACCGGUGCCGAAGAAGCUGGAUCUCGGGUGGCGGGGGAGGGCGGCGGUGGUCGAAGGUCUUCUGUUCACCUAUGAUUAUCUGGGCAAGAUCAGGGGUUACGAUCUCGAGGCGGAUCAGUGGCUGACAGUUGGAGGGGUGGAGAAAGGGCUGCCGAGGUUCCUGCACGGGGCUACGUUGGCGAAUUAUGGUGGUUUGCUGUGCUUGGUUUGGGAGAGCAGAGCCCAGAGGAAGGAUAUGGAGAUCAUGUGUGCCGGGAUGAGGAUAUCCAGAACGGAGGCAAAGGGAUUGGUGGGAGAGAUCUUGUGGAAGGAGAAGCUUGUUUUGGGUGUGCCCAAGAGAUCUUACAUUGCGCAUUGUGUGACUGUGGACUUGUAGUGCAUUGAGGAUUGGAGGAUUCUGUUCCGAGACAGUCUGCAAUGCUGUUCAAAUUUCAUCAGAAAGUAUAGACUCUCCAUCCUUAUUAAGAAGCUUCAGUCUUCACGUGGUAGCCUGUUACAUGGUGGCCAUUCCUUUGCUCAAAAUCAUGCCUAUUUGUGAUGGGAACAUUCAGUGAAGAUCGCUGAUGCUUCAGACAGUUUACUAGAUAGGUUGUGACAUUAUGAUUAUGAUUUUGGCCAAGAUCCAAAAUAUGUCUCCCUUCACUCAUUCUCCUUACCGUCUGAAACAAUACAGUAUAUAAUUGCAACAGUUGGUUUUUGCUGAAUAAAGUUUGCAGCAGAGGUUGUCUUACUAAGCAUGAAGUAUUCGG